GACGGCUCUGCCGGGGCACGGCUAAAGAGCUCUCACGGGGAGGGGGGACUGAUGGGCGCAGCGCCCCCCUACAUCCUCACCCCCUCCCGCACAUGGUUUGCCCCAGCUCCCCCUCGCGUAUAUAGCCCGGCACCAGGCAGUCCACUCUCAAAGCUGCUAGGCAGCUCCUCGUGAGCAGGGAGGAGAAGGGGAGCCUGCCUCAACCCGUUUCCCGCCGGAGGCCUGAGCGUCUGGGGCUGGAUGGGUGGGCUAUGCCUACGGGCUGUCUGAGUGACGCCGAAGAGCUGUCGGAGAUGGACCUGAGAGGGCUGCAGCUGGACUACGCGGUGCUGCCCCGCUCCAAGCGGCGCCCCCGAGGAGAGCCCUGCCCCUCCUUGGACAAUUCCUCCGCUGCGGAGGAAGACGACGACGACGACGACGAAGAGGAGGACGAGGACGAGGAGUGCGGAGCCAGGAAGAGGAGGCGGCGGCGGCCUCCGGGGGCGCCCGUGGCGGUCGAAGGCCACGGGGGCAAAAGGCAGCAGGCGGCGUCCGGGCGCGGCGCGGUGACGGAGUGCAAGCAGACGCAGCGCAACGCGGCCAACGCGCGUGAACGAGCCCGCAUGAGGGUGCUGAGCAAAGCCUUCUCGCGCCUCAAGACCAGCCUGCCGUGGGUGCCGCCCGACACCAAGCUCUCCAAGCUGGACACGCUGCGCCUGGCCUCCAGCUACAUCGCCCACCUCCGACAGCUGCUGCAGGAGGACCGCUACGAAAAGGGCUUUGUGCACCCCGUCAACCUGACUUGGCCGUUUGUGGUUUCAGGAAGACCAGAAUCCACGCCAAAGAGGUUUCUACAACCAACAGACUAUGUGGAACUACAGCUUAGUUGAAGAGAGAGCAAUACUCUUGCUGGAUAAUCCUACAAAACCACCUUGGUUUUUUAAUGGACCGAACAAAACUGGUACAGAUUGUGUAGUAAAAGUUUAACCCACUGCUUUGGUUCAGAUGGAAGGAAAGGCUCACUUAACCAUCCUGAAGAAAAGAAGACAGUUUGCUGGACUUGCGGCUUGAGUAGAUGUGUUUGGAAGGCCUUCAUUUGUGUGGUUAACACUAGUGCGUGAAGAACUUGCUCUGAACCCUUUUUGACUAACUAAAGAGGAUAUACAAAGAUUGAUAAUAAUAGAAUUAACAGCAUGGACCAAAAGUAUAGAUCGUACAAGCUAAUCCCAAACAGUGUUAUUUGUAUGCCAAAAGAAAGUGGUAUUCUAGAAUAGCAUUUAAACUCAAAUUUAUAAUAUAUUCGAUUUUGUGUUCUUGGCAGCUAUGCAAUAGUAAGAUUACUUCUGUGGCCUUAGCCACAUUUUCUUAAAGAUGAAGAUGAAAAGGUAACUUCUGCAGGCUCCUUCAAGACCUGUUCCAUAAAUGCAUUAAAUUAAAUUACUUGAAUGCAAACCGAACACAUGCAUUCUCAUUGAUGCAGGUGGAGCCAUAUUUGUUUAGAUGAUUACUGGGCUCUAAAUGGGUCAUGGAUUGUAACCAUAAGAUCCUAUUGGAAAUAUUCUAUUGAUUGUAGAGUAUGUUCAGGAAAAUUGAAAGAAAUGCAUAAACCAUUAGAAGUUUGUUUACUGGAGAUAAAAGUGGUGUGCCAUAAAAGGUGAGAACUUUUUUUUAACAUAAUGGCUUGAAAGAUCAGAAAGUUAAAAACAUUCAACCCUAUUGGUUUUAUGAAAUGUUCCCUUUUAUUGUGUUCUUUUUUCAUGAAUGGCAUAAUCAGUAUUUCAAUUGUAAGUAAUUUUAUUUUUAUACUCAACAUUAAAAGCUCUG